UGACGCUUAUCCGGUUGCUUGCCGGGUGCCUACCCGCCUCGUGUGUGACUGGUGUGCAGCCCCGAGUCCUUGCCAGCUCCUCCACUCCCCGCCCCCGGCUCCAGCUUUCUCUCGUCUGGGCCGGUCCCCGGCUUCCAUCUCCCACCCUGAGCGGGUACUCGUUCCCCGCUUGCUGCCUCCAAGGGUCCCUGUCUGAGCCCCGGCCCCAUGGCUCUGCAGGCUUUGCAGAGCUCGGGGGUGGCCUUUCGCAAGAUCCUGUCUCACUUCCCCGAGGAGCUGAGCCUGGCUUUCGCCUACGGCUCGGGGGUGUACCGCCAGGCGGGGCCCAACUCAAACCAAAAGGAUGCCAUGCUGGACUUCGUGUUCACAGUCGAUGACCCUGUUGCAUGGCAUUCAAAGAACCUGAAGAAAAACUGGAACCAUUACUCUUUCCUAAAAGUUCUGGGGCCCAGGUUUAUCACCACUGUCCAGAAUAACUACGGCGCCGGGGUUUACUACAACCCAUUGAUCAUGUGUGAUGGAAGGCUUAUCAAAUAUGGCAUUAUUAGCACUAGUGUUUUGAUCGAAGAUCUCCUCGACUGGAAUAACUUAUACAUCGCUGGACGACUCCAAAAACCGGUGAAAAUCGUAGCAAUGAAUGAGAAUGUCGCUCUCAGGUCAGCCCUGGAUAAAAAUCUGAAGAGUGCUGUGACCGCUGCUUUCCUCAUGCUCCCCGAAAGCUUUUCUGAGGAAGACCUGUUUAUAGAGAUUGCCAGACUCUCAUAUUCAGGUGACUUUCGGAUGGUGGUCGGAGAGGAUAAGGCAAAAGUGUUGAAUAUUGUGAAGCCCAACAUAGCCCACUUUCGUGAGCUCUAUGGCAGCAUUCUACAGGAGAAUCCCCAAGUGGUGUAUAAAAUCCAGCAAGGCAGCCUGGAGAUCGAUAAAAGCCCAGAAGGACAGUUCACUCAGCUAAUGACAUUGCCCAAAACCUUACAGCAACAAAUAAAUCAUAUUAUGGACCCUCCUGGAAAAAACAGAGAUGUGGAAGAAACUUUAUUACAAGUGGCUCAUGACCCCGACUGUGGAGACGUGGUGCGUCUAGGGCUCUCAGCAAUCGUGAGACCUUCCAGUAUCAGACAGAGCACCAAAGGCAUCUUCACUGCUGAGGCUGUCAUCACCUGUCUCACGUGAGGAACCCUGUUUCCUGUAUCUGGUGUCUUGGAUUUUUGUGGCACACAGCCUCAUUUUGGUGAAGCACACCAUCCGGGAACUUCGUGGGAAAGGGGGCAGGGGAGGCAGAUUUGGAGCCCAUGUGUGGCCAAGUGUAUCUUUAGUCCACCCUCACGCCUGACUGAGACUUAGGCUGGAGAUGAUUAGAAAUAGUUGUCCUUUAGAAUUUUGAUACCGUUGCUCCUAUUAUCUUCUCACUUCUAGCAAGUUCUGAUUCUUUAUCCUUUGUGUAUGUUCUUUGUGGAAGCCUUUUAGGUCUUCUUUUAACCCCAGGGCUCUGAAGUUUCUCAGUGGUGUGUUUCGAUGUGAGUCUGUUUUUAUCUGUUACACUGAAUACUCAUUGCCCUUCAGUUUGGAAACUCAGAGUAUAAGAAUAUAGGAAAAAUUUAUUGUAUUCGUUCUUCCCAUCUGUUUUCUCUCUUCUCUUUCUGGAGCUCCUUUUAUUCAAACAGUUGGACCUCCUAGACUGGUCCUUUGGUUUUCUUUCUUUCGUGUCCUUUUUUUGAUCUCUUUGUCCUUUUGCUUUGCU